AUGGUGCUCUACUUCACAUCCACUGCGGUGGAUCCACCAGCGACCAUCUACAUGGGCAAAGACAAGUUCGAAAACGAAGAGCUUCUCAAGUACGGCUUGGAGCGAGACGUCUGGUUUCACGUCGACAAGCUCUCAUCCGCACACGUGUAUCUUCGCUUACCCGAGCACAUCGAGUCGUGGGAAGCGAUACCCGAGCCAUUGGUCAGCGACUGCUCGCAGCUCGUCAAGGCUAACUCGAUCGAGGGCAACAAGAAGGCGAACCUCACCAUCAUCUAUACGCCUUGGGCCAAUGUCAAGAAAAGCGGCGACAUGGCGGUCGGUGCCGUGACUUUUCACAACGAUCGCAAAGUCAAGCGUUUCCAUGUCAAGGAGAAGGACAAUGCGGUGGUCAAUCGGUUGAAUAAGACCAAGAGAGAGGUGCAGGUUGACCACGAGGCAGAACGCCAGGAUCGUCUUCGUGAGGAGGGUAGGCUGAAGAAGGCCAGGGCUAUCGAAGAUAAAAAGACCCAGCAAGCCGAACAGAAGCGGAGAAAGGAAGAAGCAGAGGCAAGAGAUUACUCCAAGCUCUAUUCUUCCGAAGCUAUGGAAGAAGAGCGCAGACUCAAGGAAGAGCGCAGGCUUGCAAAGCUCAACGGCGGGGCAUCAGCAGACGAAGACGAAGGCGAGCACGAUGAUGGCAUGGACAGCGACGAUUCGUUCAUGUAG